CACUUUUUGAUUUUGAAAAAAAAAAAAUAUGUCUAAAUAUAUUUUUUUUUGUAGAAAUCGAUAGAGGAUUGAAAAUUUUCCGUUAAAAAAGUCAUUAUAUUUAUUUGAAUAAAACCAAAUUUAUCUUGUUAAGUAAAGCCAAAAAUAAUGUCGAGAAGAAAGUCAAUUUCGAAUUAUGAAGAAAAUCCCAUUAAGGAUGUUGAUGAUGAUAAUAGCUCAUCCAAUGAUGAAGAAAUUUUACCAUCUUCAACUACAAGACGUCUUAUCAAAAAAAUUCCUCUACGUUCAAAUCAAGAAUGGGAUUCUGAGCCAGAAGAUCCGUGCCAUGGUGGAGGAAGAGGAGGAAGAAGUAGAUUUCGGCGGAGACUAUCGCGUCGCCGAGCAUUAGGACGCAGUCGUCGUCGCCCCAAAAAAGAAAAACCUACAUAUCGUUCACGCUCAAGAAGACGUAUGUGAUCUUCAGUUUAAAAUUAUUUUCAUUAAAUAGGUGCCUAGCAACAAAUGAGAAAAAGGGGUUUUCAAACAAUGUGCACCUAGCAACACAAACUAUCGCCUAUACAUACACUCUUUGUUACCAAACAAUUUAAUCCAAAACAUAACUCGUGUCAAUUCUUUAAAAUAGUCACAAUCAUGGAAGAGUUUAGUGAUUUUUCCUCUGCAAUAACUGAAUUUCUGCCAUUUAAUCAAAGUAAAGAACAUGCAACCUUUAGAGAUACUUCAACUGGGACAGAUCCUUUACCACAAUUAUUGGAUAAAGCUAUUGAAACAAAUAAAAAAUGCGAUGCUGAGACCCAAACAGAUACAAAAAAUAUAACUAUGCUAGAUGUAGAUGUUCAAAAACUCGGACAAUGGUUGAAAAAAAUUUACCCCCUAGUUGAGGAGGAACUACUUAAGGGACCUACACCAUUGUCAAAUGAACAAAUUUUGAACUCAAACGAUAUUGAAGACGAACUAGUUAUACAGCCGUACCAGAAAAUUUCAAUGCACACAAAGGAAAAUAAUCAAGGAUUAGCUACAUGGCUAUCAAUCUAUACAAACAAUACUCCAGCUUUGGUGAUUUCAACAUCUGCCGCACACGACGAUUGGUGUGAACAUGUUGACCAAAGUAUUAAAGUAUUUAUUCCAAAGCGAAUGUCAGCUGGCAAGUUUGUUGUGUUCCAAGAACUCAAGAGCAUUCCGACGAAAGCAUGUUUAGAAACUCUAUCCACAAAUCCUUUCGAUAAGGAUCUUUUUGCUGGCAGCACAGUUUCUGAAGAUUUGUAUAUUUGGAAAUUUAUUUCCAAUAAAGAACAAGGAGAUAUAGAAGAAUUAUUUUGUGAAAACCUGCAACACGGAAGUGUGGUUGGUUUCGAUUGGCCAAGCAAUGACCGUGUUCUGACAUGUCAUGCUAAUGGUUGGGUUUGCUUGUGGUUGAUAGGAAAACAUUUUCUUAAAGAGCGAGAAUUUUUGGUAAAAAAUCCUAGACACGGUAAUAUGGAACUCACAACGAUAGUUUCGAUUUCGGUGACAGAUUUUGUUGUUGGUUGUACUGAUGGAGCCUUGUAUCAUUGCAGUUCCACAAAUAUAAGAGCUCAUCAAACUGAAAUCGAAAUUGUUCCGAUGAAAAGUCACAAGUUUGCAGUUACAAGUUUAUUUAAAAAGAUGAUGAAGGGAAACCGUAUAGUAAUUAGCUGUGAUUUAAGUGGAGAAGUGUAUUUUCAUGAUAUAUUUUGUUCAGAUGAUGAUGGUAGAAAAGCUAUUUUAAGGAUUCCCUUGCCAUUUCAAAAUAGUAUAGCUUGUACUAAGGAUGCAAGUUUGAUAUAUUGUCCUGGAGUUGAUGGUUCCUUGAAAAUAUACAGUGUUUUGUUAUUUCCACCGGUGAAUAACUACCGUCGUUUCCUCAUUCAUCAAUCAUGUGAAAACUAUCGAGAAAAUUUCGAUCUGUUUACAUUUUCUGUUGGACAAGGACCCCAUCGACGCACUGUGAUUUGCUUCAAGACUCAACUUUUGGAUCCUAUCAAAUUUACAGCAGCGUCAAAUUCUGAAACGAAAAAACCUGUUAGGAUUAAAAGCUGGAGAAGUGGGGGUGAGAAGAUCGAGUGUGCUACAGCACCAUCAUUUUGGUCCUUACCACCGCCAUCAUCAACAUUAUAUACGAAAACAACGAAACGAGACAUCGUCCCUGCAACAACAACAACAACCACAUUCAAUAGUAGCAGUAGCAUCAGCAUGGGAGUGGAAAAGCAUCUGGAUUCAUCUUCUUCUUCCGCAUCAGCACGAUUAAACAAGUCACAUUCAGUUGAUAUCUAUCGUCCACCGGCAUUGCGUCGGAAUUACGAAUCAAUUGACAACGAAAACCAUUACCUUCCGCAACACCAACAACAACCACAACAGCAGCAACACCAGAAAGAAGAACAACAGAACCCUCAACUAUUACCACUCCAGCCAAACGAUAAAAAUUGCAUUUCAGCCAAUUCUUUGCCAACAGCAGCUAUAAUACAACCCAUUGCUCAAAAUGGUUGUAAUGGUAUAGAUACCGAAAUAACCACUUCAACUGAAACAACAACAACAAGCACAGCAUGCAGCAAUCAACAAAGACAAGUAAGAAGAGAGAGGCGCCCAGAUAGAGCCGUAUAUGUUCCAAGGGCACGACGCAGUCAAACCACUCCCCCAGCCGUCACAACUCAGCAACAACUUCAACAACAACAACAACAACAAACACCACUAAACCAAGAAGCAUUACCAGUGACUGAACACAAUAACCAGCUGACUUCAUUGACAUCACCGUCAUCAUCGUUGUUAAGCGGUGGCACAACUUCUACGACAACUACGACCACAACAACUACUAUCAACGCUACAGCGCGUACCUGCAAAAGUCCAGCUGGUGAAAAAUCUUCAGGUAGCAGUAGUCGCAGAUCGAAUAAGGAUCGUGUGAGCAGCGGUCGCAACAAAGAAAAAUCAUUAUCGUCAUCGAAACGUAUUUCACCAACCGAUGAUAACAACGAUCGAAACAAUUCUCACAAAAUAAAAAAUUCCAAUUCCAAUAAUAACAACAAUUAUCACAAUUCCGAAGAAGAGUGUUUGUUGCCAUCGUCAUUUACUGUUCGCGAUCAGCGCAAGCAACAACAUCGAGUUGAAAAGCCAGCAACAGCAAUAUCAGCAGCAGUGAUUGGGGUUAACUCUGGCUGUAGAAACAGUGUGAAUUCAAACGAAUUAUCGAACUGUAACGAUAAAAAUGCAUUACUAGUUAAGGACUGUGAUAUUUCAAAUAAUCCAAAAGAAUUUUCCAAUAGUACAAAUAGUAGAAUGAUGCAGAAUAAUUGCAAUAAGAAAAGUGGUGGCGGUGGUGUAAUUGUUAACACAUCGGGCGCGAGUGACAUUAAAAAAGUGCUAAAGAAAAUUAAUAAAACAACAUCUGUGUCAGUGCAGCAACCUGUGUUGUUAACUGAAAAUGUGGGUAAUCUGCGAAUAGAGGAUGCUAUGCUGGGCGAACGAGGAAGAUCGGAUAAGUGCGAUCGAGAUGCAGAAGAAUUGCUAAGAGCAUCGAAGGAAAUAAACCGCAGCAAUCGGCGUAUAAUGAAGCAAACUUUCAACUCGGAUGUUCUUGAAAUUCCGGAUAAAGUUGUGCUGAAACCCAGCGUUGGACAUGGUAGAAGAUUUCCUAAAGACGAUUGCAAAAAUGUUAGUGCAAUAACAAGUGGCAGUGAUGACAACGAAGAAGACGACUGGGAUUCCAUGUACGAUGAUAGUGGUGAUUGUCUUGAUCCAAAAAUAAUUCAAGAACUAACUGCCUCAGUGGGCAAAGUCAAGAUUGAGAUGCCGAAAAUGGACUAUUCGGCUUAUCUAACAAAACAAUCGAUUCUCAACGACGAAGAGUUCCCGCAUGUAUUAGAAGUCUCAAACUUUCCAAUGGAAUUCAAAAAUCAAGACUUACUAAUGGUCUUUUCGCAAUACAAAGAAUCAGGAUUCGAAAUUAAAUGGGUCGAUGAUACUCAUGCCUUGGCUGUGUUUAGUAGCUCUCAAGUUGCUGCUGAAGUCCUAGCAAUGGGACAUCCAUUUGUGGUUUUGAAGCCAUUGGCCGAAGCAACAGUGGAAUCUCGCUUAAAGGCCAAGAAAUGCUCUGCAUCCUUACAGCCCUAUAAGCCCCGACCAGAAACCUGUGCUGCUCUUGCUCGACGUUUGGUCACUGGAGCAUUAGGUGUUCGCUUAAAAACUGCCCCACAAGAAAGAGAAAAUGAAAAGCGUGUACUACGUGAAGCCAAAGAACGCAAGCUGUUAGCCGCCAAACAGCGUGACGAAGCAUGGGAAAGCUAAAACAAAAUCCAAAAGUCUGUUUAUCGCAGCAUGCAGCCAUUCUUCCUUAAAGGAUAGGUUUUAAGAUUUUUAUUUUGCAUUGGAAUAUUGUGUUUUGUUAGUGUUUAAGAAUAAUAUUUUAAUUGCAUACAUGAGACUCAAAGAGUGCAAUAGUGGCAUCA